AUGUGUGCAGGGGGAUUCUGGGGGUCCUUGGUGCGAAAACAAAAUGGCAGUGGAUACAGCGUGGUGGAAGUGUGUGUGGGAUGGACCAAAAUAACCAGCCGGAUUGUCGGAGGCCAGGCUGCACUGUUGGAGCCUGGCCCUGGCAGGUCAGUAUCCACAGAGGAGGAGGUCACUCCUGUGGAGGAUUCCCCUCAUCAACAACAUGAUGGGUUGGUGAUGCCGAGUAAAUACUCUGUGUUCAACGGGCGUCAAAGCCAAGAGGGCCCCCACCCCAACGAAGUGAGUCGCACCAUCACUCAGUUCAUCAACCACAGGACUACAACGAGGCCACCCAGAUAA